AUGGCCCUUGGGGGCCUCAACGCAGAGCAGCAGCUGAAGAUGUACUGCACCAACCCACGGGCGGACGAUGACUCUAGCUCUGAUUCCGACUCCGACAACGAUGGCAAAGAGACCAAGCCCCCCAUCAAGUCGAUCAUCGUGAUCCUGCUGGUCGAGAUGUGCGAGCGCGUGACUUACUACACCAUCGCCGGCACUCAAAAGACCUACCUACAGAAUCAGAUGAAGAGGCCCGCCUCGCAGGCGGCUGCCACCAACUCCGUGUUCAGCAUGCUGUGCUACCUCUGGUGCCUGCCGGGGGGCCUGCUCGCCGACAGCAUUGGGCGAUACAGGACGAUCAUCGCGGCGGGCCUCGUCUACUGCUCCGGCACCGCGAUGGUGGGCAUCGCCGCCAUCAGGGAGCUGCAGCAGCCCCUGUCCACAGUCUUCAUGGUCGGCUCGCUCGUCCUCAUACCCCUGGGAACUGGCGGGAUCAAGCCGAACAUUGCCAACUUCGGCGCCGAUCAGAUCGGAGACGAAUCGCCAGAGCAGAGAGAGUGUCAGAAGAGCUACUUCUCUUGGUUCUAUCUGAUGAUCAACGUCGGAGUCUUCAUUGCGUUCGGCUACCUCGCAAACACCACGACGCAGGGCGCCCCCUACAUCGGCGUGGACUGGAGCGAGGGGUACUUCUUCGCAUAUGGUAUCGGGGCACUGUUCAUGCUGCUCGCGAUCGGCCUUUUCGUCUCCUUCAGCGCGGGGUACCUGAAGGUUCCUGGAGGCGGCCUGGGCCCCUUCAAGACCCUGGUGUCCCAUAUCUGCUACUCCACCACGCACGGUGGAGGCUGGCGCGCUUGGUUCACAGUGAUCGGUUUCUUGCUUCUGCCUGUCUUCUUCCUGGUUACCAUGACCGCAGCGCUGAUGCCUGCACCAUCCAGAGGCGGCGGUGGCGCUCCACCAGAUCCGUGCGUACUCGACAAUGUGGCAGUCACUACGACUGCUGCCGCCAGUGAAGUCGGUGGGAGCACAACAGACACGAUGAACAACCUUGCGCUCUUCACGGGCACGGUGUCAGUGAUCACCCUUGUUCUUGGCAACCUCAACACGAAUUACAUCAAGGACAUGCCAGGCACGAAGAGUGUGAAUCGCAACGAUGAUGAUGAUGAGUUCGGUGCCGAAGAGGUUAGGGAAGCUCUGGCUAUCGUGCCGCUGCUCAUAGUCGUAAACAUCGGCUUCAACCUGUCGUACAAUGCGAUGAACAAUGCGUUUCCCGCUUCGGCGUGCCAGAUGAACACGCUGCUGGGUGGCAAGCAGCUGAACGGGGCCUUUUUCAACAUCGCAGAUGCGAUCGCGAUCAUUGUCUUCACUCCACUGUUCGAGUCAUGCCUGUACCCUGCCAUUGCUCGGGUGCCCUUGGUCUUCCUGCAGGCCGCCGACGAGUGCCGGGCCAUCCCCGCCGAGGGCAAGGCGGUGACUGAGGCCGCAAGCCACUUCGAGGAGAGAUCCGAGAGGCAGUUCGACUAUUGGCUGCGGAAGCAACGCGCGCAGUGGGCAGUCAGCGACUCGGAGUCUGCCGUCUUGCGCCUGCGGACUACGAUGGGUUCGCUGCUGGUUCUGCGGCGCAACCAGUGCAGGGCCCCACGGGGCCAUCAGCAAUUACAAAUCAUCGUCGACAAGCUGGUGAUCGACACGGAUGCCAGCCCAACCUUUGCAGCAUCGACCCAGGUGCCCGACCAGCUCAACCUCGGCAGCAUCGACGCGGCAACUAGCCCAGCCGCCGACGACGAGGUGACAGAGGUCCAGGUGCCUCCCAGAAUGAUUCCUGUCGUCGACCUGCUCGACGACGAUGGGUGCUACGCGAAGACGGCCACCAACGAGCAGGAUUCCGAGAGCGACGAGUUCGACUUCGACGAGUUCGAGGGGAACUUGUGCAGCAAGAAGAAGAAUAACAGUUCUACUCCGACUGCAGCGUCUACGAAUUCGGGCCCUCUAUCGACAGCAACCAUGAAGGCGUCGGCGUUCAGUCUACCACCUCCGAUGGGCCCUCGCCCGUCCGACUACCAGGGGGUGAAGAACAGCGAGAAGAAGCCGGCGCCAGCUACGCGCGCGACGUUCCGGAGGCGCCCCGUCGGCAAGCAGAGGCCAGCUGAGGACAUGACGACCAUCAACCUCGACCCGUACCUCGACAUCAAAUCCACGGGAUGCACCUACUCGGCCAUCGGGAAGCGGGCCCAUUACGCGGCGCGCGCCGCGAAGCUCAAACUCUUGAAAGACAGGGGCGCGAAGAAAGCAGAGGCCGGGAAGCCCGCCGCCGCUUCCUGUUCAAUCGCGCUGGCCGAGUGGGGCACGCGCGCCAUUUUCACUCCCUUCUCGGGCACUGGCACUUGGCUCGUGCCCGACGCCGCCGAUGGCAGCAGCGCCGCCUUCGCGCGCCCGGUGGCGGCCCGCUCGCCGACGGUUGUGGGCGCGGAGGAAUGCCCUUGCUCGCCGCUCCCCGACCGCCAGCCCGACUCGCCCCCGCUCGAGCUCGCGCCAGACGAAGAUGCCAUCGAGGCCAACCUCAAGCAGUCAAUCGAGAAGAUGGAGGGUCUUCUCCAGACUGCGCAGAGCCGGCUCGUCAUCAUGAACCAGAACGAGCACCCCCCCCACAAGGGGGCCGGGUUCCGCGCGAACGACUUCGUGGUUAACGCAACGCGGCCCACGAUUUCUCUGCUCCGCAGUGCGAGGGCCAUGAAGUUUGACGUCGAAUGCCAGAUCGAUGCCAACAAGGUCUACAGCUUUGAGUCAUGGCUGGCCGAGGGCGUCGCCGUUGAUCCGCAGCGUUCGAUGCCGUUCGCCGCUGGGCGACGUGCCGCGGCAGGUCGAGCAGAACCUUCGAGGAAUCAGUCUAUGAAGCACUUCGCGUCGUUCAACCCUGAUGUCGAGGCGUCCGCCGCCGAGGGGGCCGCGAAGGCCAAGUUCUCGGAGUCGUUCCUCGCGCGCCAAACGCGGCCUGGUAGCCUGACGGUCCGCGCGGAACAUGAGCGCGUCGAGUUGCCGGCGCCAGUUGAUCGGCAGCGGAUGUCGGGCGCAGAGAUCCAGGAGUUCUUCAUGAAAGUGAAGCAGGGGCCUGAGACCGAGUGCGCGACCGUGGCGAAACAGGUCGAGGCGCUCAUGCCGAACGUGAAAUAUACGUCGUUGAAGUAUCAGGACAUGACCGUGGAAGCCAAGGUCAUCAAGACUCAGGACCUGGACAAGCACAUCGCGAAACUCAGCGAGGCCGUCAAGAUCUUGGACGCGCCGUGCACCGAGAGCGCCUCUGACGACGAGCUUCCUGAGCUCGCGGGGGUGCUCGAGACGAUCGACGAGGGCGACGCGGGCAUCGAGGGGCGGGCGAUGAUAUUCGGGUUCUUCCUGGAGUCACUGCCCCACCGCGGGGCUCGGCCGAUCGCCGGCCUCGGGAUCGCGGCGCUCUCCAACAUGGCCGCCGCCUGGCUGGAGAUCAGGCGCCGGCACACGGAGUACCUGUGCCCCGCCACGUUCGCAGUGGAUGUCUUCUCCAAAUGUGCACCAGGGUACGGCGACGACGGCGAGUCGGGAACCCGCAUGAAGGACAUCAGCGCUUUCUGGAUCUUUGUGCCCUUCACCCUGAUCGGCAUUGCCGAAAUCCUCGUCAACCCUUGCCUGUACUGCCUGGCGUAUGAGGCCGCUCCUACGCAGGUGCGAUCGUUAGUUCAAGCAUUUCAACUGUUCUGCUCGGGUUGUCUCUCCAACGCUUUUACGGCUGCGGUGAUGAGCGCCACCUACCCAGACGAUUUGGACACAGGUCAUCUGGAAAGUUAUUAUUACAUCAACGUCAUACUUGCUCUGCUCUCAGUAGUGCUUUAUUUCUGGCUCACGCGAUGUUUCCGCCACGGCGAGGAGAUCAAGCCGCAGGCUUCGCUAGAGCUGGAAGUGGCUGAGAGGCCCUCAGAUAUCAUGGACAGGGUGAGCUUGGGCUACAGGAUACGACCGGCCAAGUACGAUUGGAGCGCGCCGCCACAGGCGAGCUGCAAGGAGCAGAGCCGCUUCGACGUCAUCAUGUGCAGCUCGUGGAUGUGCACGGAAUGCGACCUGCAGUGGUGCAUGGAGAAGUGCCAGGAGGUCCAGACCAAGUUCGCCACGUGCGCGUGCGAAGGUUGGGUGGCUGGUACCACCUACAGCCAGAACAUGAAGCACGCGGGCAAGUUCGGGGACGUCGGCGAGUAUGGCGCGGGAGAGUUCAGCUGA